GAUCCUGAGACCAAUGAUCCCGCUCCUUAAAAUACAAUCUGAAAAAAAUUGAUGAAGCAGUAAAGAGUAUUGAGGACAAUACAAUAGUCCCGCCUCUGUUUACAUGUCUAGCUUGUACUCCUCCCCAGAGUUGCCUCGACUUCCGGCUUCACCAGCAGAGAUAAAAUCGGGCUUUGCAAAGGAGGGAGGGAAGGAGGCGGGGAGCGGCGCUGCAUCGUGGAGAGGCGGAAGAGGCGGCUGCUUCCUAAUUAAGGCCCUUAAUUAAACGGGGUCAAUCCCUGCCUCCCACGCAGGGGCUCCCAUUCCCGCCGCUGCUGCCGACGCCGUUGCCCUCAAGAUUUCGGGAAGCUGCCACUUGCUCUGGCUUCUGGGUUCCUCAGGAAGCUGAGCAUACAAACCUAGCUGAGACUGAACCUGCAAAACUAGCCAGGAUGGAAGGAGGACGAUGGACGGUUGACCUCGUCAGGCGGUCUCCCGCAUCCCUCCCCACAACCUCUGAGCAUUCCCUUCCAGGACCAUGGGAGAAAUCUGAUCAGAAUUCUAUGGAGCCACCUGUGAAUUCAUUGGGAAGAACAAAGAAACAGUUUAAAUGCAGGGAAUGUGGAAAGAGCUUCAGUAGAAGUGGAUACCUUAGAAGACAUCAACGAACUCACACAGGGGAGAAACCAUUUGAAUGUAUUGAAUGUGGAAAGAGCUUCAGUCAAAAUGGAUACCUUAGAAGACAUCAACGAACUCACAUGGGGGAGAAACCAUUUGAAUGUAUUGAAUGUGGAAAGAGCUUCAGUCAAAGUGGAGACCUUAGAACACACCAACGAACUCACACGGGGGAGAAACCAUUUAAAUGUAUUGAAUGUGGUAAGAGCUUCAGUGAAAGUGGAACACUUAGAAAACAUCAACGAACUCACACAGGGGAGAAACCAUUUAAAUGUAUUGAAUGUGGUAAGAGCUUCAGUCAAAGUGGAGACCUUAGAACACACCAACGAACUCACACAGGGGAGAAACAAAUUAAAUGUAUUGAAUGUAGAAAGAGCUUCAGUAAGAAUGUAGCCCUUAGAAGACAUCAACGAACUCACACAGGGGAGAAACCAUUUGAAUUUAUUGAAUGUGGAAAGAGCUUCAGUCAAAGUGGAGAACUUAGAACACACCAAGAACCUCACAUGGGGGAGAAACCAUUUGAAUGUAUUGAAUGUGGAAAGAGCUUCAGUCAAAGUGGAGAACUUAGAACACAUCAACAACCUCACAUGGGGGAGAAACCAUUUGAAUGUAUUGAAUGUGGAAAGAGCUUCAGUCAAAGUGCAGCACUUAAAACACACCAACGAACCCACACGGGGGAGAAGCCAUUUAAAUGUAUUGAAUGUGGUAAGAGCUUCAGUCAAAGUGCAGCACUUAGAAUACAUCAACGAACUCACACAGGGGAGACACCAUUUAAAUGUAUUGAAUGUGGUAAGAGCUUCAGUGAAAGUGGAGCACUUAGAAGACAUCAACGAACUCACACAGGGGAUAAACCAUUUAAAUGUAUUGAAUGUGGUAAGAGCUUCAGUCAAAGUGGAGACCUUAGAACACACCAACGAACCCACACGGGGGAGAAGCCGUUUAAAUGUAUUGAAUGUGGUAAGAGCUUCAGUCAAAGUGGAGACCUUAGAACACACCAACGAACCCACACGGGGGAGAAGCCAUUUAAAUGUAUUGAAUGUGGUAAGAGCUUCAGUCGAAGUGCAGCACUUAGAAUACAUCAACGAACUCACACAGGGGAGAAACCAUUUAAAUGUAUUGAAUGUGGAAAGAGCUACGGUCAAAGUGGAGCACUUAGAAUACAUCAACGAACUCACACAGGGGAGAAACCAUUUGAAUGUAUUGAAUGUGGAAAGAGCUUCAGUAAAAAUGGAGCCCUUAGAAGACAUCAACGAACUCACACAGGGGAGAAACCAUUUGAAUUUAUUGAAUGUGGAAAGAGCUUCAGUCAAAGUGGAGAACUUAGAACACACCAACGACCUCACAUGGGGGAGAAACCAUUUGAAUGUAUUGAAUGUGGAAAGAGCUUCAGUCAAAGUGGGAAACUUAGAAGACAUCAACGAACUCACACGGGGGAGAAACCAUUUAAAUGUAUUGAAUGUGGUAAGAGCUACAGUCAUAGUGGAGCACUUAGAAUACAUCAACGGACUCACACAGGGGAGAAACCAUUUGAAUGUAUUGAAUGUGGAAAGAGCUACAGUCAUAGUGGAGCACUUAGAAUACAUCAACGGACUCACACAGGGGAGAAACCAUUUGAAUGUAUUGAAUGUGGAAAGAGCUACAGUCAUAGUAGAGCACUUAGAAUACAUCAACGAACUCACACAGGGGAGAAACCAUUUAAAUGUAUUGAAUGUGGAAAGAGCUACAGUCAUAGUGGAGCACUUAGAAUACAUCAACGGACUCACACAGGGGAGAAACCAUUUGAAUGUAUUGAAUGUGGAAAGAGCUUCAGUCAAAAUGGAUACCUUAGAAUACAUCAACGAAUUCACACGGGGGAGAAACCAUUUAAAUGUAUGGAGUGUGGAAAGAGCUUCAGUCAAAAUGGACACCUUAGAAAACACCAACAAACUCACACGGGGGAGAAACCAUUUGAAUGUAUGGAGUGCGGUAGGAGCUUCAGGCAAAAUGUACACCUUAGAAUACACCAACGAACUCACACGGGGGAGAAACCAUUUGAAUGUAUUGAAUGUGGAAAGAGCUACAGUCAAAGAGGAGCACUUAGAAUACAUCAACGAAUUCACACGGGGGAGAAACCAUUUGAAUGUAAGCAGUGUGGAAAGAGCUUCAGGCAAAAAGGAGCACUUAGAAUACAUCAACGAAUUCACACAGGGGAGAAACCAUUUGAAUGUAUGCAGUGUGGAAAGAGCUUCCGUGAUAAUGGACACCUUAGAAAACACCAACAAACUCACACAGGGGAGAAACCAUAUGAAUGUAUGGAGUGUGGUAUGAGCUUCAGUGAUAAUGGAAAUCUUAGACGACAUCAACGAACACACACAGGGGAGAAACCAUUUAAAUGUAUUGAAUGUGGUAAGAGCUUCAGUGGAAGUGGAGACCUUAGAAAACAUCAACGAACUCACACGAGGGAGAAACCAUUUGAAUGUAUGCAGUGUGGAAAGAGCUUCAGGGAAAGUAGAACACUUAGAAUACACCAACGAACUCACACGGGAGAGAGACCAUUUAAAUGUAUGGAGUGCGGUAAGAGCUUCAGGCAAACUGCAGCACUUAGAAGUCAUAAACAAACUCACACAGGGGAGAAACCAUUUGAAUGUAUGCAGUGUGGAAAGAGCUUCCGUGAUAAUGGACACCUUAGAAUACACCAACGAACUCAUACAGGGGAAAAACCAUAUGAAUGUAUGGAGUGCGGUAAGAGCUUCAGGCAAAGUGGAUACCUUAGAACACAUCAACGAACUCACACAGGGAAGAAACCAUUUAAAUGCAUUGAAUGUGGAAAAAGCUUCAGUCAAAAUGGACACCUUAGAAUACAUCUACGAAUUCACACAGGGGAGAAACCAUUUCAAUGUAUUGAAUGUGGAAAGAGCUACAGUCAAAGUUCAGCACUUAGAGUACAUCAACGAACUCACAUGGGGGAGAAACCAUUUAAAUGUAUUGAAUGUGGAAAGAGCUUCCUUCAAAGUGGAUCACUUAGAAUACAUCAACGAACUCACAUGGGGGAGAAACCAUUUAAAUGUAUUAAAUGUGGAAAGAGCUUCAUUCAAAGUGCAGCACUUAGAAGACAUCAACGAACUCACACAGGGGAGAAACCAUUUAAAUGUAUUGAAUGUGGAAAGAGCUUCAGUGAUAGUGGGAAACUUAGAAGACACCAACAAACUCACACAGGGGAGAAACCAUUUAAAUGUAUUGAAUGUGAUAAGAGGUUCAGUCAAAGUGGAGACCUUAGAACACACCAACGAACCCACACGGGGGAGAAGCCAUUUAAAUGUAUUGAAUGUGGUAAGAGCUUCAGUCGAAGUGCAGCACUUAGGAGACACCAACAAACUCACAUUGAGAAACCAUUUAAAUGUGAAGAUGGCUGUCAAGUCACUGGACAUAGAUCGGCAAACUAAGGCCCGUGGGCUGGUUCCGGCCAGAAUGGCUUCUGGAUCCGGCCUGCGGACAGUCCAGAAAUCGCCACAUGGUUCUGAUACAUAUCGUUUGUCCUCCCCCGCUGUGCAGAGGAAGGGGGCUAGCCUUUGAUUGGUUCCUGCAGCAUUUUUCCCUCUGAUUCGUUGCAGCUUUCUUUCCUCCCUCCCUCCCUCCCUCCUCGUAGAGCCAAGAGGAAGGGGCCUGGGCUUUGUUUGUGCCAGCGUAAUUAGCUCGAUGGCUGCAAUUUAAGAAAGCCCCUCUCCAGCCCUCCCCCAGGUCGCUGUUCCUUCUGCCUCCGCCGCAGCAAGUGGUUCCGUUCUGAGUCACCCUCCCAGGAUUCUGGGGUAUGGGAAGCCUUGUUUCCCUGUUUUUAACUCCGCUACCAAAUGUGUCUCCCCAUCCAAGACAGGGAAUGGAGAACACGCGUCCUCCUACAGAAGGAACCGCUCGCUGCAGAAGAACGCGUGUUCUCCACUUUUCCAUCUUGAUGGUGGAGAUGUGUUUCGUAGCGGAGUUAAAAACAGGGAAACAAGGCUUCACACACCCCAGAACCUCUGUCCUGCGGCAAGAUUUGAGGGACAGUGAUACAGCCGUCUAUAAGGUUGCUAGCCCCUGUCUCUGGGUAUGCAAAAAAGAAUUUGGAAGUGUUUGUUUUCAUUCUUGGGGGUCAUGCUGUUUGGCAACCCUCUCUUUUUCAAGAGCUAACUUCAGGGUUAUGAGAGGCCAAGAAAAAGCCUUUCGUUAAAAAAAUUCUAAAUGUGAGAAAUGUUUGUGGGGCCUCCACCUGUUGCUGCUGCUGAGGGGGGCCCUGGAUCUCUGCCUUGCUGGUAGCAGGACGGGAGAAGUCAAGUGCCCAAAAUCAAAAAGGGAAAGUAUUUUCUGCAUCUUUCUUGAAUGAAAUGGGUAUGUCUGAAACUUCAGACAUUUUUUAAAAUAGAAUAAAAUGCUUGUUCUGCUUCCAAAGAAACCCUUUCAAAUGCAUUUUUAUUCUUUGUUCAUAUUUUAAGAGCUGUGCUCCUGUGCAAUGUAAUAAUACUGCAAUGCAAUGUCAGAAUAACAAAAUAAUGCAACAUCUCACGAGAGCCUUGUUUUUAAAAUAUACAACCAACUAAAAACUCCUAGAACACUAGGAGGCAGCCUAGUGAUGCAAACAGAAAAAGAAAGUGACAACCUGCUUAUAAGUGUCAUUGUUACUUGGAAGGGAACAAACAUUAUAAUGCUUAAUGUGCAUAUAAUGCUGUGUUUGUAUGCAUUGUAACUAAAAUGCUGUAAAGGCAAGUUUCUCUUAGGCAAGAGGUUCCACUCUGACAAAAGAAUCAGAGGAGGCUGGUAACUUUCCCAAUAACUCAUCGCUGGAAACAGAAGCUGCAAAGCUCUCACAGAAGGAAGCUUAAACUUGAGAAGUCAGUGGGUGCUUGCUGGAGAUGGCUAGGAGAAGCAGCAGCAGUUGCAAAUAAGUUAUGCAGUGAUGGAGAAGCUUAGGAUCUCUCUCUGGGACCAGAGAGAGGAAAGUUCACUGGAUUACAUAUACUGAAACAGAAGUCACCAGACCCUUAUGUAUAGUCAGGGGGUGGGGAGGGGUAUUACUCAGAAGGGUGGUGAGAAUGGGUAAUUGGCUGAUAGGAGUGGAAAACCUGUUGAUGACUGUUAACAACUGUUAAUGACUUCAAUUGUUCUUGUAGGACAAAGCAAGGGGUGAGAAGCUUUCUUUAGCACCUAAAGUCUCUCAGGUGCUACUGGAAGGAUUUUUUAAAAUUUUGUUUUGAUCAUGUUGGAAGAUUGGGAGAAGAUGUGGAAAAAGGGAAUAAAAUUUACAGCAUGUGAUAUAUUGAGAGAAAAUAUGAUGAAGAUGAUGUAUAGAUUGUAUUUAACACCUGGUAAGUUAGCUAAAUUUAUCAAACAUAUGAUAAUAAAUGUGGGGAAUACAAGGACAAAGAAUGAACCUUUUACCACAUGUGGUGGACUUGCAAUUGGACAUUGGGAAGAAGACUUCUGGGAAAAGAUUCAUAACGAAUUGAAAAAAGUGUUGAAAAACACAUUUAUUAAGAAACCAGAAGCCUUUUUACUUGGAAUAGUUGGGAAAGAAAUCCCCCCCCCCAAAAUGUUACAUUCUUUUUGUAUGCCACAGCACCUGCAAUUUGAUUAUUAGCCAAGACUUGAAAGAAACAAGAGUUUCCAACUAUAGAGGAAUGGGAAAUGAAGAUGAUGGACUUUAUGGAAUUUUCCGAACUGACUGGAAAACUACGUGACCAGAAAGAAGAGACAGUGGAAGAAGUUUGGAAGAAAUUUAAAUUAUAUUUGAAAAAAUAUUGUAAUAUUUGAUAUUUUGGAAUAUUUUGGGAAGUUGAUAUAGGCUGUCGGUUUAGAAGUAGGAAUUAGAAUUUAGUGAAAGAAGGUUUUAAGAAUAAAAAAAUUUCUUCCAGUAGCACCUUAGAGACCAAUUAAGUUUGUCAUUGGUAUUGAGCUUUCGUGUGCAUGCCCACUUCUUCAGAUACACUGAAACAGAAGUCACCAGACCCUUAUAUAUAGUGAGAGGGUGGGGAGGGGUAUUACUCAGAAGGGUGGUGGGAAUGGGUAAUUGGCUGUGGUUUUAAGAAGUUUGGAUAAGGAUAUAAUACAGUAGUACCUCGGGUUAAGAACAUAAUUCGUUCUGGAGGUCUGUUCUUAACCUGAAACUCUUCUUAACCUGAGGUACCACUUUAGCUAAUGGGGGCCUCCCGUUGCCGCCGCGCCGCCGCCACACGAUUUUUGUUCUCAUCCUGAAGCAAAGUUCUUAACCUGAGGUACUAUUUCUGGGUUAGCGGAGUCUGUAACCUGAAGCGUCUGUAACCUGAGGUACCACUGUAUAGAGUAAGGUUAAAAUUUAUGAUUUUAGGAACUGCUAAAGAACUGCCUUUUUUUCCUUUCAAAAAACAAAACAACCCAAACAUGGCAGCUGGUCUAGUCAAGCAGGAAAAUAUAAGGUUCAUUUGUGAAGUUACCUGUUUCGCUCUGAGCUUUGUUUACAUCUGUCCUUUUUAGCAAACAAAUCCACGUAAUUGUUGGUGGCUGUUAUUUUCUUGUCAAAUAGAACUAAUUAAAAGUUUUUACUGUUAAAAAA